CUUGGUGUGCAACAGUCCGCUAUUAUAGACCACACUGAAAUGAAAAAGGCCGUCGAAUCAUCUUUUCUCCAACGCGUGACCAAAAUACUUAAAACGGAAUUAUACUCUGGGGCAAAAGUCACGGCAAUUAAUUCUUGGGCAAUACCAACUAUAUCCCACACAUUUGGUAUAUUGAAAUGGAGCAAAACAAACCUGGAAAGCAUUGACAGGAAAGUAAGGGUGCUUCUAACAAAAUUCAGGUCCCACCACCCACAAGAUUCGACUGCCAGAUUAUACCUUCCGCGGGCAAAUGGAGGACGAGGUUUACAAAAUCUAGUCGUACAACACCACCAACAGACCACCAACCUCAGAGACUACUUUCUCCGUACCGAUCAGCCAUUGCAUCGAGCGCUAAUACAGGUUGACGACGGAUAUUCACAGCUUAAACUUGCAGAUAAGAAUCCCCCACCAAUCCCAGUUACAAUCAGCCAAUUCGAGGAAGAAUGGAAAGCGAAACCAUUACAUGGACGGUAUGCAGCCAACCUCAACGGAGGUGAGGUCGAUAAGAAGCUUUCAACGUCUUAUCUUUCUGAUGGCCAGUUAAUGUUCGAAACUGAAGGAUUCAUAAACGCCAUACAAGGACAGGUAAUACCUACGAGAAACCGGAGAAAAUUCAUCCUAAAAGAGGACUUACCAUCUGAUAAGUGUCGACUAUGCCAGACCACUACUGAAUCUAUUCAACACCUAACUGCUGGUUGCACAUAUCUUGCCCCGAGGGACUACCUAAACAGGCACAACCAAGUUGCAGGCGUAAUACAUCAGGAACUCUGUGUACAAAUGGGGCUCCUUACUGCAAAAGUCCCAUACUACAAAUACCAGCCUCAGACGGUACUAGAAAACGAAUCGUGGAAGAUCCUAUGGGACCUAGCUAUAACAACGGAUAGGACGCAGACGAAAAUGUAGGAAAAUCAAGAAUGGAGAAAGUCCUGAAAUACCAAGAACUCGCGGAUGAGAUAAAGAGAAUGUAUCAGUUGGAAAAGGUGGAAAUAUAUCCUAUAAUAAUAUCAUGUAAUGGGUUAGUAGAUAAGUACUUACCCCGCAAUCUUAAGGCUAUCAGCAUACGCAACCCGAAGCAAAUUGUAGCAAUCUCACAAAAAGCUGUCAUUCUGGCAACCUG